AUGGUGAGAACUCGUGGUGCCUCCUCCAAGAAGAUCCCUGUUUCUCAAUCCCGAGAGGUGCCAUCUCCUUCGCCUCCUCCGUCUGUAUCAACGACGCCUCUUUCUGCUCCAUCAGCUCCCACAUCUGUUGGAAAGUCCUGCAAAUCCAAGGCUCGCAAGAAGGUGUUUUCGCUCUCUCAUGAGCAUCCUAUGGUGUUUCCAGAUAUCUCUGCUGACAUUGUUGCACCACCAUCUGAAGUGGUGGUGCCCUCUCGAGCCAAGGACCAUUCUCCUGUUCCGUUUGAUUCGUCUUUGGAGGCUAGGGAAAAAUCGAAAUCUGUUUCCUCCUCUUCCAAAGCUGCUGCUGCUGGGUUGCUCAAAUUGCCCUUGAAGCCGAGUCAGUCCAAGAAAAAUUCUGUGACUCCCAAAAGGAAAUUGGGGUUGGAUGCGUCUCUUUCUCCCUUGUCUGCUGCCAAGAAAAAAUUGAAGGCUCAUCCCCCUUCACUGUCCUCCUCCGAAUCUGAUCCUGAGGAAGAUAAGUCAGAAUCUGAAGCAACUCAUGAUACCACAUUGUCUGAUGAAACGGUUCCUGACAUUGCAGAAUCAGAGGCUGAGUCUGAUGAGCCAGAAAAAGAAGACACUAUCCCCUCUGAACAAGAAGCCGAAUCUGACUCAGACCACAUUGCAUCUCCCUUGCCAUCCAAAGCUAAAGGGAAGAAACCUAUUUCUGGUUCUACUCCUUCACCAAAACAUUCAGGUGUAAAUUUCAAACCUUAUUCUUCCAUUUUUUGCUAUAAUGAUAAUGCACGUGAUAUGGUUCUUUAUGCUCAACGGAAAUUUAUCAUUGAAAGAAAUUAUGUCUUGAGUGAUCAUCGUCCUUUUGGUGUGCUAACAAUGCUUCAAGAUCGACAAUGGACAGGUUCCUUGGUUAAAUUUUCUGGUUUUGUGGAGAGAAUAGUCAAGGAAUUCUAUGCCAAUCUUACUAAUGAAAUUAUUGAACCUUCAUCUCCUCUGUAUAAUAAAGUGUUUGUUAGGGGCCAUUGGUUCUCUUUUUCUCCUCAAGACAUUGCUCUUGCUUUGCAUCUUCCCCUUGAUGUCGAGGAUGAUGCUGAUGGUGCUUCUCUUGACAAGGACAUGGUUAUCACUGAGUUGGUUGGUCAAAAAAUGGUAUGGCCAUCUCAUACAGUCAUCUCAGUCUCAAACCUCACCUACACUUAUGUUGUUCUUCAUAAGUUUGCCACAACAAAUUGGAAGCCCACUUCUCACACCGCCACUAUUUCUUUUGAUAUGGCCUCAUUUUUGUACAAGGUGGGAACCGGUCUUGGUAUAAAUUUGGCUUCGGUUAUUCAUGAUCAAAUCAUUGGGUUUCGCAAAGGUAACAGGAAAAACUUGAAUCUUCCUUUUCCUCAUGUUAUUUAUAAAGUGUUGAGUAUGCAGAAAAAGGAUCUCCAACGUGAUCAAGAAGACUUGGUGGCACCCACUACUGCUGCUGUAAUGCCCCAAAUUUCCUAA